AUGAACGCCUACAUGGUCUCCCAAUCCCACCAAUCCUCCUCGCUCUCCUUCCACUCCCACUCCCACAUGUCCAACAUGCACUCCAUGCCCGAACCCCCCUCCUCCAUGUCCUCCCGCGGCACCGCCUACAACUACCAUCACAACCGCGACGACCUCGCCCUGCAAACCUAUCUCGCUCUGCACUCGCAACACGAAUCUCUAGUCCAACACCUCGACGAACUCCGCCCUUCCAGCAGUCCUUCAACCUCCCCCACGCGCUCAGCGCCCCAUUCGCAUUCCGCCCACGGCCGCUCCUCGCCUCUCCCCCGCCAGCGUCAGCGCUCAUCCGGUUUCGGACCAGGUAGCGCUUCCUCCGCAUUCGGCAGUUCUUCGUCCCUGACUGGCUCCCUAGCUGGCUCCUCCUCGCUGGCUGGAUCUUCUGCGAUACUAGGUGUGGAUGAUGAUCAGACGAUGAUGGCGGAGGAGGUGGCGCUGGAAGAAGCCAAGCUGUGCGAUGUCAACGAGGGGAUCAAGCGCACGUUGACGGAGCUGCUGAAUUGCGAGGCGACGAGGGGGGAGGAUAAUAGGUUGUUUCGGGCGUGGGUACAGGGACGGUUGAUGGAGGCGGAACGGGAGCUUAGGAGGGGGAGGAGGAGGAGGUCUGCGGGGAGUGCGUGCUCGGAGUAA